UGAUUAGUCUAGGUACCAGUCUUCCUGUCUGUAGUGCAGGUCACGUGGGUAUUAGUGAGCAAGAUGUCGGACGCUGAGGUGGAGAAGUUGCAGCGUCAUUUGGACCUGCUGCGGCAGGAGUACGUCAAGCUGCAGAACCGCCUCGUCGAGGUCGAGCAGAAGUACAAUGUUGCCACGGCGACGGCCCAAGGUGGCAGGGCCGGAGGCGCUGACAAUGAGGAAAACUUUGUCUCCCGGCUGCUGGGGACCAUUGCUGACCUUUUCGACAAGGAGCUCUACAGUGACUUGGUGGUGUAUCUGGACGGCAAGGAGAUCAAGGCUCACCGCUUUGUCCUGGCGGCCCGCAGCACCCACUGGGGCGUACCUAACCUGUCGGAGGUCAACACGCUGGACUUCACAGGUAUACCCUACGAUAUCGGCAUGGCGUUGCUCAAGUGGGUGUACACAGACAAGCUGGAUAUGAAACCAGAGGACAGUUAUGUGCUGGGGCUCAUGAAAGCUGCCAGCAAAUUCAAGCUGGCCGUGCUGCGUGAUAGAUGUGAGAAAGCCCUGAUGUCUUCAGUCAACGUAAGGAACUGCAUCCGCUACUACCAGACAGCUGAGGAGAUUGGUGCUACGUCACUCAAAGCUCACUGCUCAGAACUCAUCUCCACUCACUGGAACGAUUUCACCAGCAACGACUUUGUCAACAUGACGGCACCGUUGCUGUACAAGAUGUUCAAGGCUAAGACACCGUUCCCCUUACACCAUGCCAUCAGGAACCGACGGGAAGACAUCGUGUUCCUGUACCUCAUGGAGUUUGAUGCUUUGCUUCCAGACAAACUAGAUGAGAUUGACGAGCGCGGUGACCUGCCGCUUGACCUAGCCCUGUCCACCCAGCAGGAAGGCAUCGCCAACGAGCUGGUCAAGCACAAAGUGGACAUUGACCGGGCCGACUCCAUGGGCCGGAGCCUGCUGCACAAAGCGGUCAAGAGAGGGGACAAGUUCUCAGCUUUCUUCCUGAUCCAAGCCGAUGCUAAAGUCAACGCUGCCACCUUACAGGAUAAAGAGACAGCCUUACACAUGGCGGCCUCCUACAGCCCCUUAGCCUCCCCACCGGAGCUGGUAGCCGACAUGACGGAGGUUGCUACUAAGCUGUUGCAGCACGGCGCUAACCCUGAUCAACAGGACUCGCGCGGAAAUUCUGCACUUCAUCGAGCAGUUGCCAGUCGCAACCAGGAAAUCUUUGAUCUUCUGUUAUCCCAGAAAUCUUUGAACCUUGACCUCCAGAAUGGCGACGGGGACAGCAGCCUGUGGCUUGCCCUGGACCCGACGCUAAGCAGCCAGGGUUACGGGGAAGAUAGCUUUGCCGCUAAGCUGAUAAGGAGAGGGUGUAGCGCUGACUCGGUCAACCUGCAUACAGGGGACAGCCUCCUCCAUCGGGCUUGCCGGCUGGGCCUCCCAAAUGAAGAUGCCGCUUUGUUUCUUGCCACCAGCGGAGCAUCCACAAAUCUUGCCAAUUUCAAGGGGGAAGCCCCGCUACACAGCGCCUCCAUGAACGGCCUGGCCCUCCUGGUCUCCCUGCUCCUGCAGAAGGGAGCCAAUCCCAAUGCCCAGACCAAGGAAGACGUCUUGGGCAAGCUGGAGCAGCUGACGACACAGGAGGACGGCCCGUCCAGCCUGAUGCAUGCAUCCAAGCAGACACCUCUGCACAUGGCCAUUGCUAACCAGCACUCCGAGGUCGUCAGCGUUUUCCUGGAACACAGAACCAACGCCAUGCAGAGUCAAGAUGGCGUGCUGAUCAUCCCCGACUUCAAUAUGAAGGACAGCAAUGACCAGACGGUGCUGGGCCUGGCUCUGUGGACGGGUCUGCAUAACUUUGCCGCUCAGCUGCUGCACGGUGGAGCUAACAUCAACUGUAUGACUCUAGAUGGCCUGACGCUGCUUCACAUGGCUAUCUCAAAACAAGACACACAGAGCGCCCUGUUCCUGCUGGAACACCAGGCUGAUAUUAAUAUUAGGUCUCGCGACGGUGAGACCCCCUUACAGCUUGCCAUCAAGCGUCAUCUUCCCGUGGUCGUUGACGCUCUCUGCGUCCGCGGUGCCAACAUGAACACCCCUGACGAGAGUGGCAACCCACCCCUCUGGGUAGCACUGGAGAGCGGGCAGGAAGACGUGGCCUCGACGCUGGUCCGGCACGGCUGUGACACCACGGCCUGGGGUCCUGGCUUUGAGGGCUGCCAACAGACGCUGCUACACAAGGCCAUCGAUGAGAACAAUGAAGCUGUGGCCUGCUUCCUCAUCAGAAGCAUGUGUGACGUGAACAGUCCCCGCAGGCCGGGGCCCCACGGUGAGGGUGGCAUGGAGGCAAAGGACGGGCAGGGCCCCUUACACAGAGCCUGUGAGUGGGGCCAGGAGCUGGUAGUACAGUGCCUUGUGGAACAACAAGCUGACGUCAAUGCUAAGGAUGCUGAGGGUAAGACACCGUUACACAUUGCCAUCAGCAACCAGCAUCCCGCCAUCAUCAGCCUACUGAUGUCUCACCCCUUACUGGACCUGACGCUGAGAGACCGUGGCGGACUCACCCCCUUCGCUGCUGCCAUGACCUUCAAGAACAACAAGGCUGCUCAGGCGAUACUGGACCGGGAGCCCAGGGCCGCUGAACAGCUUGACAACAAGGGCAGGAACUUCCUGCACAUCGCCAUCCAGAAGUCGGAUAUCGAGAGCGUCCUGUUCCUGAUCAGUGUUCACGCCAACGUCAAUUCCAGCGUUCAGGAUUCCACCAAACUCACACCGCUGCACCUGGCCGUCCAAGCAGGCUCAGAAAUCAUCGUCAGAAACCUGCUGUUAGCUGGGGCCGCUGUGCAGGAUGCAGAUGCUCGUAAGCAGACAGCGCUCCACCACGCCGCUGCAGUGGAUCAACCAUCCAUCAUCAGCGUGCUGAUAGAGAAUGGCAUCUUGGUGGAUGCUGUUGAUGACAACAGUAACAAUGCGUUACACAUUGCAGUGCAGCAUGGGAACCUCGGCAGUAGCAGGACGUUACUGACGGAAUCUCAGAUUAACGCCGAGAGCUACAAUGCCAAGGGCAAGACUCCCAUGCAUAUCCUUGGGGAUUGCGGGAGAGACAACGCGGCGGCCAUCUUUGAACUGUUCAAGGAGUGUAUGCCCAACUACCCAGUCGACAAACAGGACGCUGACGGCAACACAGUCCUCUUGCUAGCCUAUCAGAAGGGAAAUGGCGCCCUCUGUCGGGCCAUCGUCAGGAGCGGGGCCAGCCUGGGCAUACUCAAUAAAAAUGGCACCUCCAUCUUCAACGCCCAAGUGGCUACAAAACAACUCCUCUUCAGACUUCUUGAUAUGUUGUCGUCUGAGCCGGCCUGGUCAGAGAGCGAGAUUUGCCAGGAAUGCCAGGUCAAAUUCACCAUCAAGACAAGGAAACAUCACUGCCGUCAUUGUGGCCGGAUCUUGUGCAACAAAUGCUCCUCCAAGAUGGUCCCCAUCAUCAAGUAUGAUCAAACCAAGCCAGUCCGUACCUGCGACGUCUGCUUUGAUGUCUUAUCCCUUGGUGGUCAGUCCUAAAGAAGUAGAGACGUCGUGCCGGUGCUGGGUAAUAGCCGUAAGAAAUAGUGGCAAAGCCAUGCGCUUAUUUUGAAGAAAAAAAAUGGAAGUGAUACUUUUUUGAAAAGUGGAAAUUUUUUUCUGUUGAAAUGCCGCAUUAGAAUUAUUCAAAUUAGUACCGAUUAAUUAGCUCUUGCCAUGGUGUGUUGACCAAUCACAGCCGUGAUUUAGUGUCCGAAGCGUGUCCAGAAAAGUCUGACAUGUGUGUAUGACGCACAGUGCAGUGUGAUGCUGGACAGUGCAGUGUGGCAUGUAGUGUGGCAUUCUUUUUUCAACCUUAUGUUGAUUAAACUUUAAAAGUGAAUCUCCGAUAGUGUUUAUUUGAUUAAAAUAUAUAAAAUUGUGCAAUUUUUUACGUUCCUCUCUUUACGUUUGUAAAGACUAGGGUUGAACGUUGGUAAUCAAGAAUUUUUUUUGUUGGCAUGAAUUGGAGUUAUCUGCAAGAAUAAAACUUUUGUGAACUC